AAUAGUCUUACUAUUUAAGAUUUUACAGUGUUUAAUAGUUAAACUAGUUGAAAAUCUGAAUGUGGAAAGCAAUCAAGAUGAAAGUUACCAUGAGACAACAGAGUUCAUGAUUCAAAGGGAAAGAAAGGGAUGAAAGAAGCAGAAUAAUAACACUGGGCUUCAAAAGAGCAAACUUCAACAAACUCAAGGAAUUGGUACAUGAGGUCCUGGGGGAGGAAUUGAAUGGCAAAGAAAAAUUAAAGAGAGAUGAGAGUUUCUAAAAAGAUGUCUCUAAAACAGGCCAUAAUUUAAGUAUAACAACUGUCUAUCCUCAUGCAAAGGAGAGAAAACUGUGGCUGCAUUAGGGACUCAUCAAUGACAAAAAAAUAUACUGAAAAAGGAGGAACAAGAAGGCUGCAUUGUCAAGAAUAGAUAUAAAAGAAGAGCACAGCAGGUUAGGAAGAAAACUGGACAGACAAUGCUUUUGUCAGCAAGGGAAAAGCAAAACAAUUAAAAUGAAUUUUUAAAUAUUUUCUAUUAUUCAAUAAGAACUCUGCUUACUGGGAGAGGUGAAUAAGUAUCAGAUAGUGCAAAAGGCUGAAGUGCCUGCUGUUUCACUGCCCUACCCUCUGAACAAUGCCUAUCAAGAUCAAAGUUAACCAGGACUGCAGGUCAGAAUGGGAGAUUAUCAAGCUAAUUAGAUGUAUUAGAACAUUAACUUCUGGUUAAAUCUAUUAUAUAAUACUAAGGAGGAAAAUUGAAAUAAUAUUGAAAUUAUUGUGGUUUUGAUUGAGGAAGAAUGAGUGAGUGCCAGGGAACCAGAAAAUAAUACUGUUUUUUAAAAGUGGGCAAGAGCACAAGAAUGAGUGGAAAGGCAAGAUAAUGACAGAGAAUCAACCAAACUUUGAUACUCGAAGAGUUACUGAAAAAGCUGUCUAAAAAUCUGCAAGCAUAGAGACUAAUUUAAAAGGCUGACAUGCAUUUGCCCACAAAGUAAUUUUUAAAUAACCUAAUGGUCCCCUUUGUCAGGGUAACUGUCCCAAUAGAUAAAACCAGUAUAUUGUAUGUUGAAAUCAAUAAAUGCCUUGACAACAGAUCCUUCUGAGCUGAUUAUGUAUUAGGUUGCUAAGAUUCAGGUGAUGGGAUUCUAAGGUGAAUACACAAACUAGUUAAUACAUCAUUUCAAGGGGUAAUUACCAGUGUUUGUUAAAUUGUGAAAGUAAAUUGAGGGGGGGUAGGACUACCCAUAUGUUACAAGUGAAAAGCAGGUACAGAUCCCUCAGGGACAAGGCACAAUACUAAUAAGUGAAAGCUUUGGCUUUAUCAAAAGUGUAGCAUUCCCACAGUGGGAAUCCUGGGGCCCCAGCACUAAUCAAGUGGGGGCCCAAUGCGUUGCAGUCCUGCUAAGGAGUGAAGCUCGAGGGAAAGCCCUGCAGAAGUGAGUAAUGAAACCCGCACUGAUUGACAUUUCGUACAGAUGCGAUGUCCUGUUUUGCUCAUUAGCUAACUGGUGUAAUGCAGGUGCUGCUGUCUGAAUUCCAAGAUCCACAGAUGUUCUACAGCUUGGCAGCCAUGCAGAUGUGGGGGAAGUAAACUGUCCUGGCUCACUGUAACGAGGUAAAACGUACUUGGUUCUCAACACACUCAGAAACAAGUUAUCAUAGGUUACAGUAACAACAGGAUAAAACCUGCUUGGGACUAUACGUACUCUGAUGAGGGAGGCAACCUGUCUGAGGUUACUGUAAAGUUUUCUCACGCUUUACUCUGCAUUAUUAUGCGUAGGACCUGGAUCAGUUGUGUCUGUGAAUUUUACUGUUGAAACACAAGGUGGGAUGGAAAGCGCACUUACACAAUAUACAAGAUUAGACCUCACAAUAAUCAUGAUAAUGGUUUCAAUUUAAGCUUUGUCUUACAUUUUUGAACAAUAAAUAUUAAAUGAAAACUAACUACAGAGCUUCAGAAAAAAUCUCUGGGAACCAUAAUAGUUCACAAGCUGAAUAUGAACCCCUGUGUACAGUUUUCAAAAAGGAAAAAAAGAGGAAGGAUGGGGGGGAGCAGUAGAAGACCUGAGGUGUACUACACAAGAGCUAUAGUGAGCUAUAUGACAGAAAAUUUUGCUCUGUUUGGCGCUAGUGAAGCAUCAGCAGGAAUACUUUACCAUUUACACACUGCACCUAAGAUACAUACAGGCAAAAUGAAAGAAAAGAGGACCACAAAAAAAUAUAUGUUUAGAAACAUGAAAUGAGAAAGACUGAAAGAACUGGACUUAUACAGACAAGAUUAGAUUGAGCAGAACUGUGAAUAUGAAAUGUUGCUGUAAAAAGCUGUAGUAGUUGCAGAGUGAGGGUUUUUUUCAUGUUCUGUGAAGUUUAAGUCAAGCACUAUUAGAUUUGAAGCAAAGGUGAUUCUGUGUCAGGUUUUACAUUGGAAAGCUUCACGUGAAGCACUGGAAUAGGUUACCCUUCUGUAACGCACCUGUAGGAUCCCUUUUCCUGUAAGUUUGUAAGAACAGAUGAGAUAAAACUGUCGUAAGUGCACAGGCCCACUUGUUCCUGUCCCUGUGAAGGGAGAGGGACUCAGUAGAGAUCUUCAGUCCUGUGUGUCUCAGUAAAGUAAAUUGGUACACAUUCAAAUACUUAGCUGCAAUCAGGGAAUGCUAUUAAUUUGCUUAUUAAUUUAAUUGUAUUCCAGUCACUUUAAUCUUCAAGGUUUUACUUGCAUAAAUGAUUCAUGCUAAAAGCAGCAGAGGGGUUAGAGUUCAAGCCUGCUGUGCACAUCCAUGUGUUGAGGGAGUCAGCUGCUGAGAACAGAGUCACCAUCCCUGGAGUGUUCAUGUGUAUAUGUGGCACUUAGGGACGUGGUUUAGUGGUGGACUUGGCAGUGCUGGGUUAAUGGCUGAACUCGAUGAUCUUAAAGGUUUUUUCCAACCUAAAUGGUUCUAGGAUUCUGUCACUGCCUCAGCUAAAUUUCUACAACUUUUCCCUUCCUUUAUGUAGUAAUUUCCUGGAUGUGAAGUCUCAAUAUAACCAGGAGGUGGCACAAGAGACCCUUUGCAGACUUUUAGAUGUACGUGUCGCGCACUGUGAGCAAAGCCAAUAGCAACAUUUGCAGGAUGCUUGAUGAAAGUGACUGGAAUAAAGAAAAUAGGAAGAAAUGGUGUAUAGUGAGGAAUACAGAAGGGGGAAAAUAGCUAGAAAUGAGAAAUGGAGAAGAGCCUUGAAGUCAGGAAAAAAAAAAGGUAACAUUUAUUUCCGUUUAAUUUGAACAGACUGGUUUUGGAGCAGUACAAAGACCUGAUUUAUAUUAGGUGUAAGUUAAAGGAAGGGAGAGUCAGUGAAACAUUUUCACUGCUGGGACCAAUGCAUUUCAAAGCUGCAUUGUAUGGCAUAAACCAGGAUGGGCACAAAGGGUGAUAGAUGACCCAAGGCUGCCCGCUGUGAUAGCUCAUUCUCCUGCUGACUGACUCAUCAUGCUCAAAUGCUAAUUCUAAAAUCAAGGGGGAAAAUGAUUCAUUCUUUAAUAGCUGGAAGUGAAAAAUUACUUUCAAGAAUGAUAAAUGCUUUGGUCAGUGUUGCUAAAUUUCUUUAGAAAGUAUUUGUGGGAAACAUGAAUGUAAUGAAAAAUUUCUGAUUUAAUGCAUUCUUACUUUUCUAUGUUGUUCAAUGUAACUUUAGAAGUAACCAUCAUGAAAAAAAAUAUCCUUCAGCAGACUGACAAAGAAAAAGACCUUGAUGUAAAAUGUGAAAUUAGCCUGUUAGGUUUUGAAAAGAUUUCAAGUGUGACAUUUUGUGCUCUUAAUCAGAUUGUUAGUUUGAAUGUUCUGAACAGUUACUCAAACCAGUGGGAUUUAUGUGAAUUUGCAUAUGCACAUUAUUCCUUCUAAAUGCAUCUCAAAUCUCUAGAUAAUUCAUAUUUUUAAAACAACCCAGAUCCUAAAGCAUAUUUAUGCAUCUAACAAUUAAUACCUAUCUACUUUGGAAAAUAAAACCAUUUCUAAAGCCCCUUUUCAUGCUGCUUCCUUUCAAAUAAUAGUUUUUAAAGUCUAAUUACUACUCUAGACAGAAUUAAACCAACUACAGACUUCUGAGUAGUUUUGUUUGAGCAGUGUCCAUAGAGAUCUCUCUCGAUGGCAAUAUGAUAGCGAUGAGUGCUGAAGAAGGAUUUACAUUCCUGAAACUAUAAUAGUUUGUCUAAUAAUAAAUGAAUAAUAAAUAAAUAAAUACAUCUGGUGCUGAAGCUUGCUUCUCUACCAACAGCCGUACAUGUUUUAAAUGUAGUCCUGAUUUAUAUUGAAUUUUAAUUUUUUGAUAAGUUUAAAUAUGGGUAAGGAACCGUUAAAAGCCUCAUAUGCUUAUUAAUAUUUGCAGCAUCUCUACAGAAUGUAUAUCUUUUUAAAACAUUUCACUGAUUCUGCUUAGCUGCUGGUGGCAGCCUUGUGUUAAGGAGCCAUGGGAGCUCUUGGCAUUUUGGGUGCUGUGUUGAUUUAGAUCAAUUCUGAACAUGAUGAAACAUUUAAUUUUCAUCUAUGCAUUGUCACUAUGUUUAUUUCAGGCCCUCGUGGUAUUUCUGUGCAUAUGGUCUUUAAAUUCCUCAUGGAAAAAUAGUUCUUAUUCUUGUCAAAGAGGAAAGAUUAUAAUAAUUGAUAAUACAAAUGGCUUCUAACCAUUGUUUUUAGUGCUUUUAAGUCCUAAAUAAUGAUUACUCAGCAAUGGAAUGGUUGGAUAAACACAUCAAGGCAAAGACUCUAUUGUACAGUAGAUGCCAGCAGCCCUUGCUUCCCCGGCAGGCCUUCCCAGGAAAUCUGCAUGUCCACUGGUGAACACACAUCUUCCUGUGUGACAUAAACUGCCUUUUUUUUAAUCUUUGAGUUGCUUCACUAUCUAGCUACUCCAGAGGACCACAGAUUCACUCUAAUCUGGUCUCCCAGGACCCUCCACUGUUACGGUAAAGGGUCAUCUGCUGGUACAAAAUGACAGUCCCUUCCUUUGAUCUUGUGUACCCCCACUGCAGCAAAGCCAAGUGGUAGCAGUUUUCUCCAGUAUCUGUGGGGAACUUAAGGUACUUGGCAACCCUUGACUACUCUCUCUUCAGUUCCCUCAUAGCUUCAGUAGAGAAGGAAUAUCUCAGCACAAUCCUGCCCCUCUGCAGGGCUCUGAACUGGCUUACUAGGGCAGAGCCGAGCUUUGGGCUGGAAGAUGUGGAGCAGCAAUUAAUUCUCAAAGGCCAAGCUGUUAUCCCAAAAUAUUUCUAUUAUCAACUACCUAGUCGGCAUCCAAGCAGUACUAGGUAGUUCUGCAGAACCUCCUCAGCACAAAACAAGCGUUGUGUGUACACAUUUCUUCAAAGCUGAACAGGAAGGUGCUGACUCCACAAAGAGGGCAUCUGUGUAUUCUGCAAACAUCUGCAUAAAGUAUUGCCAUUAUCUACUACGGUAAAUGGAUCUUCAGACUCCUGCUAGUGGCAAUCAUGUUGGUAUGUCUGAGCUCUUUGUCUCUGCCUCCCUAUAGUUGCAGAGUAAAAGCCACUAUCUGUUCCUGAUCUCUACUCUGACGAAUUUCAUUAGUGUGAGCAGGUUUUCAUCUCAUUGGUAAUAUCACUUGAUUUUAAACAUGGUAUUUCUGAAUCACAGUUUAGCAGAAGGUUUUCAAACAAGCAUCUAAUGAAUAAUAGAAACAGAAAGAAGGCAGCUUAAGAAUUUCAGAUAAAAUUAAACUAGCAUCUGUUAAAUGUUGUAGCAGUCAUUUCAUUCAGAAGUCAUCUGCCAUCUAUCCAGGAUAUUUGUACAUUUUAUGUGUAAUGGAAAUGAGAUUUGGUUUAACCUUGUCACAGUGUGAUCAGUUUGUGGCUCUGGGAGCUCAGCAUAUGACACCAUCUUUCUGCAGUGCCAUUUGCUUUAAUACAAUGCAAUUAAUAAACCAGCAGUGUAUAAAGACGUAAUUUGCAGCUCAGAUGAUAAAAAUGUUUUAAAAUAUGUAAAGGCAGAUGUAUCAGUGGAUGCUAAAACUCAAGAUUUUCUCUUUUUUAGAGCUCCAUCAUAGGUCAUGUAUUCUUUUUGUCCUAUACAACAGCUUUCCAAGUGUCCUUCUUUGUUGACAUAAUGGAGAUAGACUCUUUCAUACUUUAAAAAAAUAUUUGUUUAGUUAUAUAUAACAUACAUAAGAAUGUAAGUAGCAUGUAAGUAUAUUAUUUAUAGUUAUGUAUAAUAUUCUGUAGAUACUAAGAAUGGAAAUAAUUCCAGGCACAUGGGAGGUAUUGAUCUCAUUAGGACAGGAUUUUACCCCAUCUGUGAUGCAGAAUGCUGUUAAAGUAAUCAGAAAGAUUUAUAUUGAGCAGGAAGCUUGCAGAAAAGUUACACUUCCUUUUUCUGACAUUCAUGAGAGUUUAGUCCUUGGUAAUGGCAUUUUGCCUGACUGCUGGGAAGGCUUGCCAGGAUUCUGCAAGCAGGCAGUGGCACUGGUAUUCCCAAUACUGACUGGAGAGGUUGCUGCCAGGCCACGUGUUAAGUACAGCUGACUCAAGGGACUUGUCAUUUAGUAAUUGAGUGAACAGAGCAGAUUCCUCUAUGUCUCCUCUCCAUCGCACGCCUGCUUGGUCUGCUCUAUGAAAUAUGUUGCCAACAGAAUUGUCUAAUGCUCAGAAGUUCUGGUAUUUUAAAACAUUUGCUCAGGUUUGUGGUGGGGGUAGUCUUCACAUUUACCUAAUGAAAAUAAUAGUUAAGAAAUAACCCGUGCUUGGAAUAUUUGAGGUGGGGAGGGGGAAGACAGGUGUGGGGGGAGGUGUUAUAAAAUAGAGGAAAUUUAAAAGCAAUCUUGAACAAUUUGCUCAAGUAAACAUUCUAAACUUUUCAUUGUUAAUAUAAAAAAUGCUUGGGAAGGAUAUAUGGAUGAGAUUUCAAGUCAUUAGAUAUCUAACACCUUCAUAUGGUGAAAAAAACCACAAAUAUAUAUACAUAUAUAUAUAUAUCCUGCAGGGCUUUGUCCAUGCUAGAGAUGUUUGUGGACUUCUUUAAGUAGAUAACAUGUAUGGGAGAUAUUAAGGCUUGAAUGUUUAUUUAGACAUGUUUAUACCAGUUGCCUCAGUUUCCUGCAGGAAGCUUGUUUAGUGGGCUCAGGCUGCUGCUGCAGUGCAUGGUGCAAUGUCGAUCCCUACCUACACAGGCCAGAAACAAAGGGCUCUGGGAGGGCUCUGGGAGGGCUCUGGUCAUGCAUGGUUGUGGUUCUAAAUCGGUUAUUAGACACCUUUAAAUAAAGGUGACAAUCAUGUUUCUAUUUUUAUUUGGUUAGAGACAAACUCCUGAACAGUGUCAUCACUGGUAGAGCAGAGCAGGACUCAGAGUAUGCCAUGAGGAUGAACAGCCAAGGAAAGACAGAGCUUAAAACGUGUUCAGAAGUCAAACUUGAAUAUGAUUCAAUGAAACAAUUUUCUGGUAAACAAAAACCUGUAGGAUUUCACGAUGAAUGGAUGUAGCUACUACAUCUGGAGUGGACAAGAGGUUGAAAUGUUUGUUUUAGGAAAAGAUAGACAAAGAGGUUUGAAUAAAACUUUUUACUGGAUUAAUAUAAGGAAAAAUAUAUCUCUUAUAAGAUUAAAACUGAAUAAAUUGGAAGAUUUAGACAUAUAUCAGGUAUGAUGGUUUCAGUCUCCAAACCUCUGUCUGUCAGUCUAAGAAAUAUCUAGAAGCAUGGUUACAGUAACUGUUACCGAUGAGAAAUGCAGCAGGAGUGGCAGAAUAACAGGGCCAGUCCCAGGGUAAAGGGACAAUAGAGCGCUGGGUUUGUGUGCAGGUGGUAGAGGCAAGAACAAGGACAGACAAAUCAGUCAUGGUUUCUGGAGGCAGAGUGAUAUCAAGCAGGGGCAUGAUAGGAAUUAUCAAUGGUGUGGAAGUUCCACACCAGUUCUUGUAUGGGAGGGGAGGGUGAAAAGGAGAGAGAAUUCGUGGUUACCCUGCAGUAAAAAACUGCCCCAAAAGUUCCCCAGCGCCGUUUGAGGCCGCUCAGCUCCAUAAAUGCCAUUUGCAUGGGGAUAGGAUGUAACAAGAGCUGUAAAUCACUGAUGGCGGAGUGAACUCCUCAGGGGCAGACACGGCGGAGCCGAGCCUCCACGAGCUGAGGCAAUGUGUGAACGAUAUCUUUUGUUGGGGGAGAGGACUGAUCGCAAUUAGAUGAUACUUAUCUGGCCCUUUGAUGUGUAUUUACACAAACAACGUUUUCCUCCGGGAGUUGAGGUAUAAAGUAGGGGCGCGCGCUCUCCGACACCCUCCUUCCCGGCAUCUCUGAAACAAGGCAGGAUGACCAAGGCCCCUUUCUCCGUCGAAUGGUUGUCCCAGAGCAGCCAGGCUCUCAAGAGCCCCACCGAGGGCUCUCCGCAUCGAGCAUCCUCCGCGGGCCACCGGCCCGGCUCUGGUUCCAGCCCUGGCUCUGGCUCCAGCCCCGGCUCGAGCGAGCGGAGCCGGGAGCAGUCUGCCGGGCCGCGGGCCGGGAGAAGCGGCAGGAGCAGGGAGCGCGUGGAGGCCACUCCCGCUGCAGGUAACCGCGUGUCCGCGGCCGUCGGGGCGUCCUGGAGCUCCCGCGCCGGGGGAGGAGGGCGGGCGGGCCUGGACCCCCCCGGGGCCCCGGGAAGGCACCACUUCGCUGUGGCAAAGGAGUCGGGCGAUUCCCUACGCGUUCCCGGGCGUGGCUGACCCUUUCCUCCUUCUCCCCUUUCUCAGGAGCAGACGGGCGGCCGUCGGGAGCGGGGCAGCCCGUGCCUGAGGACGGUCCCGAGUGCUCGGGCCCCGAGGAGCCCGGCGGCCGCGGCGGGCGGCGGCUGCGCACGGCGUUCAGCGCCGAGCAGAUCAGCACCCUGGAGAGCUCCUUCCAGCGGCAGCAGUACCUGGGAGCCGCCGAGCGCCGGCAGCUGGCGGGCAGGAUGCGCCUCUCCGAGGUGCAGAUCAAGACUUGGUUUCAGAACCGCCGGAUGAAGCUCAAGCGGCAGCUGCAGGAGUUGAGGACGGAGCCAUUCUGCAGCCCCCCUCUCCCUUACGGACCUCAGGGCGGUGUGGUGCCCUUGCCUCUCGCAUACGUGGCCCGACCACCACCUCUGCCCCGGCAAGGGGCCGCCUCUGAGGGCUUCACCUUGGCGGCUCUGCCGGCACCCGCCCUGGACCUCAGCAGGGCCUGCAGAACACAGCCAGUAGGCUUUUGGGCGGCACCCUGCUUUGUGGGGUACAGGGAUCCCAGAGCUUUCUUGCUGGGUGUCUGACCCUCUGAUAUGGACUAUGACUAAAGAGGAUUUGCACUACUGAUAGAUAUUUGGGUUGCCCUUGUCUGUAACUGCCUGGCGGAGUUAUGAUGCAGCACUGAACAAAACAUUUAACAAAGACAUGCUGGACAAACUGGACUAUGGACUUCAGGCCUCUGCAUUUAUAGGCAACUAUAAAAUAGAAACAGAGUGGGACAAACACUAAUAUAAAUGGAAUCCUUUAAUAAACCUAUUUUUUUUCCA